UGUACAUAGUAACAUUCCUAAAAAUGAGUUUAAAAGUUCCUUCUAUAACAAGACGUAAGGUUGAGAGCAAGGUAUGAUAUCCCAAUAAAUCUCCAAAGAGACUGAAUAAAAAGUUAGAAAUACUUCAAAAGAUCAAAGAAACUAAACUCAAAGAAAUAAUCAGUUACAGCUCAUCUAUGAAACGACAAACUAAUGAAACCAUGCAUCAGAAAGUGAAGAAGUAUUUCAAGAUGCUAUGCCCUAACCGAGGAAAUUUCAGCAUCUCUCGGGCAAUCCAAUCUCAAAGAGAAGCACUUGGCUCCUCAAGUAGGAUAGAAAAUAGCCAGAAUGGUCAAAAUAAUACUCAUGCUUCUUGGAAGAAGAAUAAUAUGCUAAGAGUAGAUAGAAGCUAUUUCUCAAAGACGAGAAGGCUGUCCCAGCCUCAUAAUUCCUCGAACAGGAGCCUCCGCACAACUAAGAGCAAUAUUAAGACUAUCCCUAAGAUUGAUCGGACGAGUAUUACAAAUACCAUCUCAAGAGCUAGUAAGGCUGAGCCUCAGGGCUUGUUUAUGCAUCCAGAGAAGUCGAAGAGAAUGAUCAGUAUCUCCACUGAUAAGUCGCUUAAUUCGACUUUUCAACAGUUCAGACAGGUCCCGAGCUCUACAUGUAGAAAAAUAAUAUUCAAGAAGAAGAGAAGUCAAGGAAAGAUGCCAGAAAUUCAGAAGAUCUCUAAAAUUUAUCUUAAAAAGGACUCCGAACUAGAUCAAAAUGAUAGUAUGGCGAUGGUUACUGGAGAUAAGACUUCUCCAAAUGGCACUCUGACCCCUACAGAGAUUGAGCCUAUCCAAGAAGAGCAGCUUGGAGAGAGCAUCAUGACCAAAGUUCCUCAAUUAAGAAUUCUUAAGGAAAAUCCCUUGAAUCCUAUCGAAAAUGAAAAAAAGAAAUAAGAUCUUGGAGAAACUCUUCGCGGUUAACUAUGAUACUGGACAGAAGAGUGAUAUUGGCAGCUAUAAGAAUGGCUAUCAGAGAGACAACCCUAAGCUCUCCUCUAAAAUGAGGAAACUUAACUCAACACAUGUGAAUGGAUUCCAUCAGCCUAAUAUCAACAUCGAGGUAUCUAAUAUUGGCCUUAACAGUAUGGGAAUGGAAAAAUACAAGAGUAUGGAGCCAAGCAGGAGAUAUAACAGCGUAUCCCGGGCUCCUUUCCAUACAUCUACGAGUAGAGACCCUGAGAUCUACCAAGAACGCAAGAUACUUAAUCCGAAAUUAAUCCUGAAGAAAUCUAAGAAAAGUGCACUUGCAAUUAAUGAAAUUGGGAUCCUGAAAUUCCUUAAUAAAAAAUAACAUAAUUCAAUUUUAA